AUGAAGCUUACUUUCAAGGAUCUGAAGCAGGAGAAGUUCGUCAUCGAGGCUGAACCCUCUGAGACUUGCGGGGCUGAUACUCUACUGCAGGUUCGCCAAGUCAAGGAGAAGAUCGCUGAAGUGAAGAGCGGUUAUGAUGCAGAGCGUACUAAGGUCAUCUACUCUGGAAAGAUUCUUCAGGAUGACAAGACAGUCGAGUCUUACAACAUCCAAGAAAAGGACUUCCUAGUCUGUUUGCCAUCAAAGGUAUCAAGGAUAAUCCCCGGCUUUCCCUCAAAAAUUGAAUUCAUUACUGACCUUUCCUUAAAGCAGCCCAAGGCUGCGUCCUCUGCCUCUGCCCAGGCCCCCUCCACACCGGCUGCUCGAGCUCCCGCUGCCACCCCCGCUGCUCCCCCCGCUCCUGCUCCGGCUGCUGCCUCCGCCCCAGCCGUUCCUGCGACCCCAUCACCUGCUGACCGUUCCACUCAACCCGGUGGCCGGGAUGCCGCCUUCAAUGAUCCUUCCGCCUUGGCUAUGGGAACUGCAGCUGAAGGUGCUGUGACCCAGAUGGAGGCUAUGGGAUUCGCCAGAAGUGAUAUCGACCGUGCGAUGCGCGCUGCAUUCUUCAACCCAGACCGUGCUAUUGAAUACCUGUUGACUGGUAUCCCCGAAAACGUUCAGCAGGAACAACAGCAACGACAGCAGCAACAGCAGCAGGAGGGCGCCGGUUCUCCUCCUUCCGCCCCUACUGCCCUCGGUGGCUCCGAAGGCGAUGAGCACUUGAACUUGUUCGAGGCAGCUGCUCAGGCCGACAGUGGUGGUGCCCGUGGUCCCCGUAGUGGCGGUGCUGCCCCCGUUCCUGGUGGUGACGCUCUUGCCAACCUGGACUUCCUGCGUAGCAACCCCCACUUCCAGCAGCUGCGCCAGCUCGUUCAGCAGCAGCCCCACAUGCUCGAGCCCAUUCUGCAACAGGUUGCGGCCGGUAACCCCCAGAUUGCCCAGAUCAUCGGACAGAACUCUGAGCAGUUCUUGCAGUUGCUGAGUGAGGACUUUGAUGAGGAAGAUGAGGCUAGCCUGCCCCCAGGCACACAAGCUGUUGCCGUCACACCGGAGGAGCGGGACGCCAUUGAGCGCCUGUGCCGUCUGGGCUUCCCUCGGGAUUCCGUCAUCCAGGCCUACUUCGCCUGCGACAAGAACGAGGAGCUUGCCGCCAACUUCCUCUUCGACCAGCCCGAUGAUGAUGAGGAGUAA